UCAUCGCCAUUUCCGCACCCACACUUCUACUUCACUACACCACCGAUAGAGAUAUCAACUCGCACAAGAUGACUUCUUCUCUUGAUCAGCUCAAGUCUGCCGGCACCACCGUAGUCUGCGAUUCGGGAGACUUUGCUACCAUUGGCAAAUACAAGCCUCAAGAUGCUACGACCAACCCGUCCUUGAUCCUCGCAGCUUCGAAGAAACCCGAGUACGCCAAGCUCAUCGACGAGGCUGUUGCCUACGGUAAGAGCCAUGGGAAGACUCUAGAGGAGCAGGUUGAGUCUACGCUCGACAAUCUCUUGGUACAAUUCGGCAGCGAAAUCUUAAAGAUUGUCCCCGGCAAGGUGUCGACGGAGGUCGACGCGGCAUACUCCUUCUCCGUCGAGGAAUCGGUCAACAAAGCAUUGCACAUCAUCGACCUGUACAAGGAGAAGGGCGUCUCAAAAGACCGGGUCCUCAUCAAGCUUGCGUCGACAUGGGAAGGCAUCAAGGCCGCGGAAAUCCUUCAAUCUAAGCAUGGAAUCAACUGCAACCUGACUCUCAUGUUCUCACUUCCUCAAGCAAUUGCUGCUGCGGAAGCCGGUGCUUUCCUCAUUUCACCCUUCGUGGGUCGUAUUCUCGACUGGUACAAGGCUACCCACAAGAAGGAAUACUCGGCCUCUGAAGACCCCGGUGUCAAGUCAGUCCAGCACAUCUUCAACUAUUACAAGAAGCACGGCUACAAGACUAUUGUUAUGGGUGCCUCUUUUCGUAGCGUCGGAGAAGUCACAGAACUUGCCGGUUGCGAUUACUUGACUAUUGCACCGAACUUGUUGGAGUCUCUAUACAACUCCACCGACGCAGUGCCAAAGAAGCUUGAUGCCUCAGAUGCAACUAAUCUUGACAUUCCCAAGAAGAGCUACAUCAACAAUGAGUCUGCGUUCCGUUUUGCAUUCAAUGAAGAGCAGAUGGCUGUCGAGAAGCUCCGUGAGGGAAUUUCCAAGUUCGCUGCUGACGCGGUCACGCUCAAGGAUAUUCUGGCGGAAAAAAUCAAGGCUUAGACGACUGACGCGUUGAGCACGAAGUACGACGAACUUGAAUCAAAUUAGGUCACAUAUCGUACGGGUAUGGCUACCCAAACAGAUUGUAGCUCAUAGCUCCAAAAACAAUUAUUUGUAUUACAGAGCAUUUUUGCAAUAGAUGAGGAGCGAAAUACACCAUUUGAUUUGAAGUAACGAAUAUAGCCCCCGGCCUUUGUCUGAAGGCGAAAUCGAAACGGCGGCUUUUAACAUGCUGCUUCCUCAGCUGUGGCCCACGUGUGAUUGGCGGCUUCGGAAGCAGAAUGAUGCAACCCUCUCAUGUCAUUCUGUCCCUCAUAAAGUGGGGUCGUGCCGGGUGUUGCCAUCUACCAGCUACAAAUCUUCCCGGGUUCUUCUUCAUUGCAACGAUAUCAGCUCCUCAAAUCAAUUGAUCUGUCUUGAAAUAACAAGAAAGUUCUACAAACUCCCUAAGUACAUUUCCA